AUGCGGCGGCCAGGCGGCCAGCCAACAGCCCAUCUGGAGGGUGGCUCAGUCUCGGCUGGCCAAGGGUGGGGUGUGAACGAGUUGAUGCCGAUCAUCGUAUUUCCUGCGGCGCGACGAAAAGCAAAGGGAAAAGGAAAAGGGGCAUCAUGCCGUCGACGCCAGCCCUUUGCAACCCCACCUGUGCGACAAGGACACGGCCCGCCAGGUCACGGCGCCAGUGGACCCAGAGCCGCCCGAAGUCUUGCAAGUCACCGGAGGCCUGAGUGGGACAAUCGCGGCGAGGGGUUCGGUUCUAAGGUUUGGGAGUCCGUAGCUGGGAGCGACACCCUGGCAAGGCUACCGAAGAUUGACGAUGGAGCGCCAGGCCCAGGGCAGAUGCGACUCUGGUGUUUCCCUGGCCUGCGCGACAGGCGAUCACAUGACACGCAGCGCCCGUCCUGGCAAGCCGGAUUGCCGUGGGCUCUGCAGAAGGGAACGGGGCUGCCUGAGCGCUAUUGCUUCCAUCCAAGUUCCCAUUGCGGACUCAUCACAUGCUGGCCGGGCCCUCUGUUGAUGAAGGGCUCUUGCAGGACCUGGAGCUGGUGGCGCAUUGGCGAAGGAUUGGACCUGAUGGGCGCGCAGAAGGGCAGACGAGCGAUAGGCUCCAAGACGCUGCAGGCAUUGCCUAGCGCCCUGCUCUUUGUACUCAUGCUGUGGCAUGAGUUGACCGCAGUGAGCCACCACGUCCAUCAUCAUUCAGCUACAGGCGCCAACGCACAGUGGAGCUGGCUCCCUACAGUCGGUUCAAUUUUACGGUAG